AUGUCCGAAAUUCUAGAAUCAUCAAAAUCACAAAAACUCGACCUUCACCUCCAAACUCUAGGACCCUUUUUCAGAAUCACAGCAAAGAGUUUGAUAACAGAUAGAGAGCUUGGAAAAGCUGAGGGCUUGGUAAGAACGUGGUUUGGAAGAGGUAACAUUCUUCACUUGGACUCUAUUAAACUCCAAAGAGAAACACUUGGUAUGGAAAAAUCAAUCUUUGGACUUGGUUUGUAUAUUGGAGCUGUUGCUAUUCGACAUGGAUAUGAUUCUGGUUGCAAAACUGCUCAAUUGCUUGCUAUCAAUGAUUCUGAUCUUUACCAUUCUAAGUUGAUUAGAUUCUACACAAGACUUGGGUUUAAACCUGUUUAUGAAGUGACUGGCUCAUCUAUUGGGGAUCUAACACACAUGCUUGUUUGGGGAGGAGUUGGUACUCGCAUGGAUGCUAGUGUUGAAGAACUUAUGAUCAAAUGGUGUAAAAGAUUUAAAAAGACAAGUGUACGUGAAAUACCAAACUAG